AACAAAGACGGACAAAAACAACGAAAAACUAAUUUAUUUGUUAUUCCCAGCUUAGAGCUCGUUGUGUAUUUUUGUGAAUUUUUGCUGAGCAAAAUCAGUGCAAAGUGGAAUAAAAAAUAUCGAAUUGAGAGCUAGUGAAAGUAACUAAAAAUAAGAUACAACAAAGUGCGAAUCAAAAGAUACUUUAUCUGCAGAUAAAAAACAAACAUAUUAUUUAAAAUGGCAACAUAUCAAAUGAAUUUUAACCAGGAUUUUACCUCAUUGUCCGUGCUGAGCUCCACUGGCCUGAGGCUGUACUCCAUUGCGGGUCAGGAUAAAGUGGAGGAACUCUUUGCUAAGGAGAACACGGAGCAAAUACGCAUUGUGGAGCGGCUAUUCAACAGUUCAUUGGUGGUGCUGGUCACUGCCCAAAAGCCCAACUGCCUCAAAAUGUUGCACUUCAAAAAGAAACAGGACAUUUGCAACUGCUUCUAUCCCUCGGACAUACUCUGCGUGCGCAUGAACCGACAGCGCUUGAUUGUCUGUCUGGCGGAGAGCAUACACAUACAUGACAUACGCGACAUGAAGAUCCUGCAUUCCAUUGAGAACAUAGCGCCCAAUGAGCUAGGGCUGUGCGCUCUCUCGCUCAACUCGCAUCUGGCGUUUCCAAUCUGCCAGACCAGCGGCGAGCUGCGCAUCUUCAAUGCAAACAAAUUGCGCACAGGCAUGACGAUCAAGGCGCACGAUACGCCGCUCUCCGCGCUCAGCUUUGCGCCAAGUGGAGCGCUCUUGGCCACCGCCUCGGAGCGUGGCACUGUGAUAAGAGUCUUCAGCGUUAGCAAUGGCCAGCGUGUGCAGGAGUUCCGACGAGGCGUCAAGCGUUGCGUCCGGAUUGCCUCGCUGGUGUUUGCCUCAGGCGGCGACUUUCUCUGCGCUUCCUCCAAUACGGAAACGGUGCAUGUGUUCCAUGUCAAGAUUGAUCCGCAGCUAAUGGAAGCCAAGCCAAUAGCUGAAGCUCCAGCCAAGACAGACACUAGCACCAAGGAAGCCACAGCGCCAAGUGAAAAGAGCAGCGAAGUAGCCAGCACGGGCAGUUGGUUCUCCAAGGCCGUCUCCUCACUGCUGCUGCCCACUCAGGUGAGCGAUGUGCUUGCCCAGGAUCGUGCCUUUGCCACGGUGGUGCUGUCACAGCCUGGCCUUAAAAACAUUUGCGCACUGACGCGCGUACAAAAGGAGCUGCGUCUGCUGAUUGCCUGCGAGGAUGGAUUCCUCUAUAUACACGACUUCAAUGCGGAGCGUGGUGGCGUCUGCAAGCUGCUGGCGGUGCAUGAUCUGCGUGGCGCCCUCGAGGAUGUUAUUGAGCUGCAGCUGAGCGAGAGUCUCAUACGCACACAGCUUAAUAAGCCCACGACGACGACGACGACGACGACGACGUCGGUGAGCAUUGGUCAACCAUCGCUCACUAUGCUGAAGAGCUGUGCGGCAAGCGUGUUGAUUGAGAAUCCGGAGCCAGGCAUGCCGGACAAUAGCUAUGCGGGCAUCUUGCGUGGCGAUCAGACGGAUGCCAUGUCAGUAUCUCUUGCAGAUUCCGCCAAGUUUCGCAAGCUCUGUGAUGCCAUAGACACGCCCACAAAACUGUACGAUGAGCGCCAGUUUCCGCCUGUAGCCAUUGCGGCCAAGGAUUGACCGCGGCGUUACUGCCGACGGGAUAUGGUUUUUGUUGAUAAAUCGCAAUGCGACUAAAAACGCUCUCUCAGCAUUUUCCAAAUUAAAUGCACCCAAAAACAAAAAAAAAUAAAACAGUUAGCAAAUUAUUUAAAUAAAGCAAUUUAUAUAAGUA